AUGGACAACAACACGGAAUUUGAUACCACAGCUUUGGAAUUGGUGUGUAUUGGCUUUGGGACUACAGCUCUUUCGGUCGCUAUUGCACUUCAUGAAAGAAAGUCUAUCGACAAAACGUGGUUUCUGGAAUCCCAACCACAAGCAAGAUGGAAGCCGAAUGCCAGAAUCCCAUCCGAACGUCUGAGAACGUCUUUUCUCAACGAUCUAGUCACAUCAGAAAAUCCACGGUCCAAAUUUACGUUCUUGAACUACCUUCACUCAACAAACCAACUUAUUGCCUAUGCCAACAGCUCCCAGCUCUGUCCGUCAAGAGAAAUGUUUACUGAUUAUCUGCGAUGGUGCGCAGCCUGUUUCCAAGACCAAGUCAAAUUCAACAAGUGUGCGACGGCAGUAUUACCUCUGAGACGCAAAGAUGGCCCUGUGGAGCUCUGGAAAGUGGUGUAUUCCGACUCAGAAACUCGACAGCAAAGCUCUGUGGCAGCAAAACAAGUCGUUAUUGCGGUGGGAAAUCAACCAAGAAUUCCUCAUCUACUAUCGACCUUUAAUAUUCGCCCGCGCGUCGUUCAUUCGUCAGAGUGUUUGGAUGUCAUUCCUUCGGUAUUAUCAGCAACUGGCGGGAAAUCUCGGCUUGCUGUCGUUGGAGAUGGUCAAAAUGCAGCCGACGUGUUUCAUUAUCUUCAAGGCAUAAGAGAGGACCACCAGGUGACUUGGUUUACUCGAGAUCCGGUUCUCCAAGGGAUGGACGAGACACCGUUUGUUGUCGACAGUACCAAGCGACCAAUAUCAAAGAUGGGACAAGUUUUACCCAUUGAGCUGAGAAGAAGGACGGACGAAAGUUUUGUUCACGAAACUCGAUCUGUCAUAAAUUGUGAACUUCUGAAGAGCAUUUAUGAGGUACAAUACACCCAGAGUGUGAAGCAAAGGGACUCCAAAAAGUGGAAAUGCCAAAUUAAGCUCCAAAGUCAACUUCUGAAGGCUGAAGAGACCCCUGAUCGACGGAUAAAACUGUCAUUCCACCCACCUGAUCCUGAGGAAGCUAUGACCGAUGCGAAUGUGUUCGACCUGGUAAUUGCCGCCACAGGUUACGAAAGGAAUGAAUACAAAAGACUAAUGGCCCCAUUGAUGGAUCUUCUGGACGGUCGCCAGAUUACUGUGAAUCGUGAAUAUAACGUGAAUUUUCGUGUUGGUUCUUUGGCUCCUGGAUGCAGUAUCUGGUUGCAGGGAUCUUUCGCAGAUGGAGAAGAUGUAAGCCCCAUUCUCUAA